AUGCCUGUACUUUUCAAACAGUUUAAGCAUAUGGCAAAGCCAUUUGCUUAUGUGGCAAGGUUUUCGGCUAAACAUCCAAUUCACGUUAUAUUGGUAACAUUGCUCUUUGCAGCAACGACUUAUCUAUCCGUUAUCGAAUACUACUUCAAUGGAUGGACAAUAGAAAACAAAACUGUUUCAUACCAUGGAUCUAAUUCUGCUAACUCAUUGAAACAUGACAGCUUACAUUUUCAUUACACGCCGAAAGAUUCUCAAUGGUCAGCAUUAUCAGAAGAGGAUUUUGAAAAGAUGAAAUAUCAAUCCACUCCAUUGGCCCAUUACUACUUGUUAGGAUUUGAGUUUCAUUCUGACAAUGAGAGCUUAGUUUUGCCAGAAAUUGAAGGUAAUGUCUAUGAAGAGGGCUCUAUUAAAUAUCUAUUAACUGAUGAACCUGUGAUUUCAAAGACAUUGAAAUCUAAAGAUGAUACAACUUGGACAUUGAGAGCUCACAGACAUAAAUUACUUGAUGUAAAGGCUGGUGUUCUUGCUUUGUACAAAGAGCUUGAAGAAAGAAUCAAUUCUGCUGAACCUUUCGAUAUAUUCAUUGUAGGUUCUGCAUACGUUGCUAUGGUGUACACUUUGAUCUCAUUGUUUCUAGACAUGAGAGUUACGGGUUCGAAAUUUUGGAUUGCAUUGGCUGCCAUUAUCAAUUCAGGCUCGGCAUUUUUCAUGGCACUAUAUACUUCUCAAAAGAUUUAUCACAGACCUGUCACUGCGUUGAGUUUAAUCGAAGGCCUUCCAUUUGUUAUUGUAGUCGUUGGAUUUAAAGACAAGAUUAAAUUGGCCAAGUACGUUGUGGAUCAAUUCAAGAGAUUUGAUGUCUCACAAAAAGUUACCACUUACCAAGUUGUCUACGACGCCAUGAUCCAAGAAGGUGGACGUUUAGUUCAAGACCAUUUAUUGUGUGUGAUUGCAUUUGGUGGAUGUUCCAUCUAUGCCUCAUCCUUAUCUGCUCUUUCAAACUUUUGCUUUUUCUGCGGGUUGUUAUUAGCUUAUGAUUUAAUCUUAACUUCGUCAUUUUUCGCUGCCGUUUUAGCGCUUAAGUUGGAAAUUAGCAUUAUCCACAAAGCUACAACCAUCAAGCAAACGUUGGAAGAAGACGGUGUGGUCCCAUCUACUGCUGGUAUUAUUUCCAAGUCAGAAACUUUGAAGAAGAACAGAGUUUUAAAGUCAUCUUCCUCUCUACUUGUGGGCAAGCUGUUGUUUGUCACUGGUUUCAUUGGAUUCAAUCUUUAUAAUUUUGGUACUAGAUGGACAUAUGAGACAUUUUCAUCUUUGUACUCUAAGAGUCACACCAAUGAAUUGCCUGCUUUUGUUACAUCUAUUAUUGCAAAGGAAAAUAGUGAAGCUGUUGUUUCUCUUGUUCCACCUCAAUUCUAUGAGCCAGCUAAGACUUAUUUCCAAGUUGAAGAUGGAGUUCUUUCUUUGAUCCGUUAUAUAUCUGUUGCCAUCCGUGACAGAUUUGUCAGUAAAGUUUUGAUUUUCGCUUUGAUAAUGAGUGCAUCAAUUAAUGUUUACCUAUUGAAUGCUGCCAGAAUCCACACUGAACUAACUGCUAACGAUAUUCAAAAGAAACGUGCCGCAAAAUUGGUUCCAAAGCCAUAUUCCAACCACAAUGAAAAACAAUCACCAUCCUCUAGUGCCAGCAAUGAAACUAAGGUUGAAACGGUCACUGAACGUAUGCCAGUUGUCGCCAGUAUACAACACGAAAUUGACACUGAAAGUGAUUCUGACAACGGGUCAAGCGAGGUCCGUCCAGUUGAAGAGUUGGUUGAUGUCUUGAAGAGUGGUGAUGUUAAGUCUCUGUCGAAUAGAGAGGUUGUAUCAUUAGUCGUUGCUAAUAAGCUACCUUUGUAUGCAUUGGAAAAGCAAUUGGGUGACACUACACGUGCUGUUGUUGUUCGUCGUAAGGCGCUAGCUAUUUUGGCUGAUGCACCAGUAUUGGCUACGGAACGUCUUCCAUACAAAAACUACGAUUACAACAGAGUGUUUGGUGCAUGUUGUGAAAAUGUUAUUGGUUAUAUGCCUUUGCCAGUUGGUGUUAUUGGACCUUUGAUGAUUGAUGGUGUGUACUACCAUAUUCCAAUGGCUACAACAGAGGGAUGUCUUGUUGCUUCUGCAAUGAGAGGUUGUAAAGCUAUUAACUCUGGUGGUGGUGUUACUACUGUAUUGACUAAGGAUGGUAUGACAAGAGGUCCAUGUGUUCGUUUCCCAUCGUUGAAAAGGGCUGGUGCUUGUAAAAUAUGGUUAGACUCUGAGGAAGGUCAAAACAAGAUAAAGAAGGCCUUCAACUCUACUUCCAGAUUUGCUCGUCUACAACAUGUUCAAACUGCCUUGGCAGGUGAUUUGCUCUUCAUUCGUUUCAGAACCACUACCGGUGAUGCUAUGGGUAUGAAUAUGAUUUCCAAGGGUGUUGAAUUUUCGUUACACCAAAUGGUGGAAGAGUAUGGUUGGAAAGACAUGGAGAUUGUAUCUGUUUCCGGUAACUACUGUAUGGACAAGAAGCCAGCUGCCAUCAAUUGGAUUGAAGGUCGUGGUAAGAGUGUUGUUGCAGAAGCAAAUAUUCCUGGUGAUGUUGUGAGAAAGGUAUUGAAGAGUGACGUUAAGGCAUUGGUUGAUUUGAACAUCUCCAAGAACUUGAUUGGUUCUGCUAUGGCGGGUUCUAUUGGUGGUUUCAAUGCACAUGCUUCGAAUUUGGUUACAGCUGUGUACUUGGCGCUUGGUCAAGAUCCUGCACAAAACGUUGAGUCUUCGAACUGUAUGACGUUAAUGAAGGAAGUUGAUGGCGACUUGAGAAUUUCUGUUUCGAUGCCUUCUAUUGAAGUUGGAACAAUCGGUGGGGGUACCAUUCUUGAACCCCAAAGUGCUAUGUUAGAUCUUCUUGGAGUGCGUGGGCCACACCCUACUGAGCCAGGUAAGAAUGCUCGUCAACUCGCAAAGAUUGUUGCCAGUGCGGUGAUGGCCGGUGAGUUAUCGCUAUGUAGUGCAUUAGCGGCUGGGCAUUUGGUUCAAAGUCAUAUGGUGCACAACAGAGCUAAGCAACCUGUUGCUACUGGAGCUGGAGCUCCAGUUUCGGGUCCAGGCCCUGUCUCCACCCCUGCUAUCGCUACAAAUGGCAAAGAAUUGAGCGCUGAGCAAUUGAAAACCUUAAAAGAGGGUUCAGUGAUUUGCAUCAAAUCGUAA